AUGACAACGGACCAGUGCUCAGAAGUCAGAAAGAAAAUUCCAAAUCGAAAUCCGGCCGAUUCGUGGUUCGACAUAUAUCGUAUACCGUUUCCCACCUCGCCUUUGCCCCAAAGCCCGUACCCCGAUGUCAAUAUGCAGGAGUAUCGCCAAUUCCUAGGCUUUUUCAAAGAAAAUUUCCCUUCCACCUUUCGGCAACAGAUGGAACUACGGGGAGGCAUGGUGUUGACGGACACUGACAUGCAAGUGAUGAGAGAUGAGGUUCUUGAAGAUGCAGCAUUGGCCGCCAUCGAGCAGCUCCAAAUGACCUUUAAUCCGAGUUUGAGCCAACAGAGCGACCUAAUUGAGAGACAGACUGGCCAGGGCGGGGAAGACCUUCAGGUUCAACUCAUUUCGCUCGGCGUUCCACUGGCAGCUCAAAUGGGACUGACCGAUGCCUUGUCACCCGACUCUGAAACCCAAUACGUAUUCCCAAUACCUGGAGAGUUUAGCGCAUCUCGUUUUUUUGUCAACCAAGAAAGUCGUCACCUGAGGAGUGCCUUGUCCGUUUCCCCUCCGCUCGACAGUCUAGAGCACGCACAUGAGCAGGAAAUGCCUCGAUAUGUCAAGCCAUCUCAGGUAGAUUACGGACGUGCGAGUCGCAUGCAGACUCCUCCGUCGGCGCAUUCAGGCGCAAGUUGGACUUGGGAAGCUGAAAUGGAGUCCUUGAAUUAG